AUGCCAAUCUUAAAAGUUACAUUUUGCAUGGAUAAACUUGUGUUUCUUGGUUAUAUUAUUAGAGCUAAGGGGAUUGAAGUUGAUGAGGAAAAGGUGAAAGCGAUUAAGGAAUGGCCGACGCCUAAGGGACUUGGGGAUGUGAGGAGUUUCCAUGGUUUGGCUAGUUCUUAUAGGAGAUUUGUUAAGGACUUUAGUACACUACCCGCCUCUCUCAUUGAAGUUAUCAAGCAAAGUGUUGGGUUUAAGUGGGGUGAUGAGCAAGAAAAGGCUUUUCAUUUGAUUAAGGAUAAGUUGUCUUCUGCAACUGUUCUUGCUUUACCUAACUUUACAAAAACUUUUGAGAUUGAAUGUGAUGCUUCAAGAAUAGGUAUUGGAGUUGUUCUUAUGUAG